GCUGUAACCAUGGGAGUUUAAUACAAGCCUGGAGUGGCCAGUAUUAAUUUUUAGAAUCCUUGCGGGCCCCCACUUCUGCACUCGACAUGCCAGAGUGGGGAAUCAGCCUUGACAGGGCUUAAGCAUGACCUAGGGCACUGAGCAGCUUGGCGGUGUCAGGACUGCAGUGGUUUUGUGUGCGUCCACCAGGAGGGAUGUAGGCACCUAUGCAGUUAGACAGCAGCUGAAUAGGGGGUUUGAGGAUCUCGGAGUCCCCCUACAUGUUAGCUGCCAUUUUAGGUACCUAAGGCUAUGUCCUUUUGUGGAUCUAGCCUUUGGAACUCGCUGUUUUCUCUAGUCCUUGGCCCCUUUGAGAGAACAAUAACAAUGCUAACCUUGUAAAUGCCACCUAAUAUGCUCCCCAACUAUAUGACAAUAGACAAUUCAUCUGUAUACAACCAAAGAGGUUUUAAAAAUUAUGGGGGAGAGAGAGAACCUACAUAAAAGGAUGUUAGAUAUUAAACACCUACGGAAAUGUCUUGCAAUUUCUUUCUUUCAUUACAAAGGAGAAAGAAAGCAGAGAUCUGUGCUAUGAGUUACCUUUGAUUGAGUUCCUGAUUACUUCUCCCAUGAUCAAAGCAGGCUCCAUCUCAAGAUGAAGUCUGUUUUUCUCACUCAGCUUGUUCUUCAGUAAAAUGAAGUCUUCCUCUUCCUUGAUUGCUAUUUUAUAUUUCCUGAAACACUGGAAAACCCCUCUGAAGCAAGAGAUCACAUCUUUCUCUCACGUGCUGCUUCUGACAGUUCAGGUUCAGCGAACAGAACCAGUCUGAGAGAGAGGUAACCUGGCUGGAGUUGGACACAUCCUUCUGGUGCUCUCAGGAAAAGGAGGCGUGGGAAAAAGCACCAUCUCCACCGAGCUGGCUCUGGCUUUACGGCAUGCUGGGAAGAAGGUGGGGAUCCUGGAUGUGGACCUAUGUGGCCCCAGCAUCCCUCAAAUGCUCAAAGUCCAGGGCAAGGGUGUGCACCAGUGUGACAGUGGCUGGGUGCCUGUCUUCGUCGACCAGGACAAAAGCAUCUCUCUCAUGUCGAUUGGCUUCUUGCUGGAGAAGCCAGACGAUGCUGUGGUUUGGAGAGGACCCAAGAAAAACGCUUUGAUAAAGCAAUUUAUCUCCGAUGUGACCUGGGGAGAACUUGACUUCCUUAUUGUGGAUACGCCUCCGGGGACCUCGGAUGAGCACAUCUCCACGGUGGAAUCCCUUCGCCAAUACAAGCCCCUCGGGGCAGUCCUGGUCACGACGCCACAGGCGGUGUCUAUAGGGGAUGUCAGACGAGAGCUGACAUUCUGUAAGAAGACAGGAUUGCGAGUGAUCGGGAUUGUAGAGAACAUGAGUGGUUUCGUCUGCCCGCACUGUUUGGAGUGCACAAACCUCUUUUCCAAAGGGGGCGGUGAAGAGCUGGCCAGGCAUGCCGGAGUCCCAUUCCUAGGGUGUGUUCCCCUUGAUCCCCAGCUCACCCAGAGCUUGGAGGAAGGCAGAGAUUUCAUCCAGGAGUUUCCCAAGAGUUCUGCCUUCCCUGCCCUUGCUCACAUCGCCCAGCAGAUCUUGGACAGGACAUCCCCUCAGGGCUCCUGAGUGUGUUUCUAAGGCUGGACUCGCGUUGGCCGCCUCUUUGCAGCACUGUCAGCCGUGGACCAAGCCGAUGGGGAAUGUCAAAGCUAUUUUAAAACAUUUUGGGGGGGAGAGGGUGUCAUUGGUACCAGUUUGCAGAGAUCUGGGAAAGGGAAGUGACGCCAUCACUACUAAAGCCUUGAAGAGACCUUGCUAGAGCUUACCAUUGCUCUCUAAGGGGGCGUGUACAUUUGCAACACCAUUUGCCUUCUGAAUAGAUGAGCACUAUGGCCAUCUUGGAAUGGGCUAUGGGGGCACAGGUGGUGCAGCUUUUUCUAGCCACACAGAGAAUGUUUCAUCUGCCCAUGAACUCCUGCAAAGUUAGUACGCUGUGAAGAUGGCCACUCCCAGGCUGUGGUGCUGCUGCUCAUUUCUGCAGUAUUCUUGGCUCUGUAAAUUGUGUGUGGCCAUUGGUCUCUGCGGCAAAUACUGGUAGUGAUCCAGGACAGGAAAUCCUUCCCUUAUUGAACAGAAUAGCACCAGCAAUCUCCACCCCCCGACUCCUGCUACCUUCCCCCAGUUGCUUCUGUAGUGCUGCACACAUGGUACUUCCUAGUUCACAGUGACUGCUGUCAGCUUCAUGCCAGACCCUCUGACCCUAGAUCCUAGCUGAGCCAUUUCACUCUGAAGCCACAAGUAUUUGGCACAGAAUAUGCCUAUGAAGGCGUGUGUGAUGACAUCAAGUCUCUACAGGAGCUCUGAAGUCUGUUUACUGAGUCUGUGUCUUAUCACUUACUUAAGGAACACACCAUUUUUUGGCUCCCUGAAAGGUUUCAGGGCUCAGGAAUAUUUGUAAAGGCUACAGACAUUAAAUAAUGUUUUCUUACCAUC